AUGCCAGCCCCAUACAACGCGGACACUACAACAACCGAACUAGUCACCGACUACAAAGCCCUAAUAGAAAACAAAAUCAUCCUAACAACAGGAGUUACCCCAGGCUCCCUAGGCGGAUCUUUCGUCCAAUCCCUCGCAAAAGCAGAACCCGCCUGUCUCAUCCUAGCAGGUCGCAACACCGCCAAACUAGAGCAAUGCGUGAGCGAUCUGCAAACCGCGAACCCCAAGCUGAAAACUCGUACUUUGCAAAUUGAUCUCGGGUCUUUGAAGAGUGUUCGAAGUGCGGCAGACCAGGUUAAUAGCUGGUCUGAUAUCCCUGCUAUCGAUGUCCUCGUCAAUAACGCUGGUAUCAUGGCUACUGAAUAUGGUCUUUCGGAGGAUGGAGUCGAGUCUCAGUUUGCAACUAAUCAUCUUGGACCGUUCCUAUUCACGAAUUUGAUUAUGGGGAAGAUUUUCAGGUCCGAGUCUCCGAGGGUUGUUAUGGUUACUAGCGAUGGACAUCGGUUGAGUCCUGUUCGGUUCGAUGAUUAUAAUUUUGACGGUGGCAAGACAUACAACAAAUGGGUAGCUUACGGCCAAGCAAAAACAGCCAAUAUGCUAAUGGCACUUUCUCUAUCCUCCAAAUUGGGUAUCAAGAAAGGGCUUCUUGCAUUCAGUCUGCAUCCUGGUGUGAUCUUUACCAAUCUUGGCAGUCAUCUAGAUUGGAGUGGCGACGUUGGACUACAAUCUAUCGAUAGACAACUUGGCAAUCGCGAGGGGUGGGCUGAGUUUAAUCUCAAAACUCUGGAGCGUGGUGCUGCUACUCAUGUCUAUGCGGCAUUUGAUCCUGCUCUCAAAGCAAACAACGGCGCCUAUGUUAUUGACUGCCAUGUCGCUGACCGGUUGGUUGAUACUGUCAAGUCGUGGGGGACUAGCAGUUUUGAGGCAGAAAGGUUAUGGAAGUUGAGUGAGGAAUUAGUUGGCGAGGAGUUUGCUUACUAG